AUGUUUAGACUAGGACAAUUGGGAAGGACAAUAGCCGCACCUAGGUUGAACCUAAGCCUAGGCUCAGUGAAGAGAAUACCAUUACAAGCUAGCUGCAGAAAUUAUGUCAUUGUCCACAAAGACUUGUCCAAAACCAAAAAGGAACCAAGAAUUAGAUACAUUGCGUACUUAGUGGCGGUAUCGUGGGUCGCUAUUUGGUUUGUUUCAGGCCAGGUGGACAAGAAAAAACCCAAGCAAUACAUGUCGGAACGUGAAUUUCAAGAGUACGAACAAAGCACGGGAAUAAAGAGAAGACACAAGUUAAUUACCUCCGAUUUGAAUUCAAAGUACAAAUUCUAUGUCAUUCCCUACAUCUAUUCCGAUGAAGAAUUGGAAAACAUUAGAUCCAGUUUGAAGAAGGCCGAUCCAUCAAGGAAAAUUGUCGUCCUUGAUCCUUCAAAGUUGGUUGCCGAAGAAAAGGCUGACGAAACUAAGCGAUACUCUGCAUUGAUUAAUGAUUUAGAUGCUGCUCACAAACCUUAUCCGCCAGGGUUGAUCACAGCUAUCUUGAAAAACCACAUUCAGUUUUUGAUGAAUACCAGGGAAGGUACUUUUGACACCAAUUAUCUUAUCAAAAAUUAUCCUCAGACUACAAGUGAAGCUAUUAAAUUUGAAAAUGAUGUGUCUGAUAUUAGCAAGUGUUUGAUUUUACACUACGACGUCUUGAACGAGUUGCCCAAGCAGAAAAAUGACAACGAAGUGAGAAGCAUCAAAAAUGUUGAAGGAUACUUCGAUUCAGUGGGCAAGUCAAAAUCAUUGGUUUCCAAGUUUGACCAAAUGGAUAAAAAGUUUGAGGAGAUCAUGUUAGAAGACUAUUGA